GCGCUUUAUUAUUUCGCGAGGCUCCGACGGGGACGCGCGCCUUCUCUCCGCAUUCACGCAGACAAAAUAACAUGUAAUACUACAAAACUACAGUAUAACUAAAACCAGAACACAUCUUUCACCAUAAAUAACAACAACAAUAAAAUUCCAAGUGAUUUAUUCGUUUGAACUAAACUGGUCAAAAUGUUCUCUUUAUCCGCGAAAUAAUCAUUUAGUGUAAAAAAUAGUACCUGUGGGUGGAUAUAUUUAAUUGCUAUUUAGAAUCCUGUCAACAUACUUCCUUUUAUCGUUUACCUAUGGAACUCGAAAGAAAUAGGUUUUUAUUACAGAGGAGUAUUAGUUAACAGCAACAAUGCAACAGAGAGGCGUUUCGUCAAACAUGGAGGGCCAAUCGGAAUCAGGCGAGAGCGUGCCACAACAGUCAAGAGUACGCAAUAUUUCUAAGCUAAAGGUGCUGGGAAGGAGCCAUGCCAUGAGGGAGGAAACGUCUCCGCCCCGGGAGCCCACGCCCACUGCUUUAAACUCGCCGUGCAUCAAGCUAACUCCUUCAGCAGACCUUCAAUGCAUCGACGAUUCCCUUCAAUCUCCUAUUCCUCCGUCAUCACCUUUACGACCUGUUCUAGUCUUAAGCCCUCCGAUAAGCAAAGGUAAUUCCCCUUGCCAUACGCCUAACCUUUCUCCCACGACUACAAUCGUACCAUCACCCACAUCCGACCACAAAACCGAAUUUACCGAACUAGAUGCUACCAGUCUGAAUGUGAAUAGGCUGAACAAACAGAAUCUGGAGCGAUUCAAUAAUCGGCAGAAGACCGAGGUUGUUGUCCAGGAAACUAGUAACGUCACCAAAUGCGAAUGCUCCAGUAGCUGCACCAGGAAUAAAGAACGAAACCACAAUAAUAACAUUAGCAUUACGAGUCAUAAUAACAACACGGCUACAGUAAAUACAUUAUUGACUGUUAACAGAGACAACGUUAGAGGAAAGUUGCGACAACAGAGUUCUUCGCAAGGGAGCUUCGAUGGUAGCUCCUCCAACUCUCCGUGCUUGAGUAGAGAUAACAGUUCCGAACAGUACACAGAUACAACUGGUGUCGAUUUAGAAAAAUUUAUACCAGAAACCUUAAAUAGAAACGCCAAAGAUAGAGCUCUUAUGUUGCGAAUAGAAGAAGAAUUAACGCAAUUAGCUAAAGACAGCGGAAAAACGCAUUACAAAUUUCCGCCCAUGUCGAGCUACCAGCGCAUGUUGGUCCAUCGCUGCGCAGCUUACUUCGGAAUGGAUCAUAACAUAGAACCAUCUGGUAAAUGCGUGGUAGUCAACAAGACCAAGAAUACUCGGAUACCUGACGUUGAGUUCAAGCAUCACAUUAAGGAGGACAUCGUCUUCAGCGAAGAGCCGCGCCGAUCAAUCCUUAAAAGGGAUUCAAAUAGUGUUGAAGAUUAUAAUUUUAAGUCCCCGGAGAGACAAUCUAGCAUGGAAAGCAAACGUAGUAAGAGUUUUGAGGAGAGGGAGGAGGAGUAUGAGAAAGUAAGACGAAGAAUUUUUAACAAGGAGAUGCACAAUUGCGGGUCUUCUGACGAUCUGACUUGGUCCGAAAUUUAUUGGUACAGCACAGAAGGCGAGAGCGUCAUGCGUUACAAGAACAACUCGGAGUAUCAUAUGAAUGGAAGGUCGACAGGUCGAUUGCUCAAGGUACAGUCUGAAGAGACUGGCGAAGAGACGCACAGGCCUUGCGUGGCCAAGAGUUAUAGCUUUGGUGGAUACGGUGUGGUCUUGCCGCGCGGUGAUAGUAUGAUGUCGACGCAUAGCGCCGGGCCUAGGCUGCUCACAAAACAAGAUUCAGCUUUAAGUUCCGUUUGGCGCUUGAGUCCUUCCAGUUCUGGUUAUAAGACUCAGUCACAAAGAUCCGAGUCAGUUACCCCUUCACCGACGUCAACACCUUAUUUGUCUGGAGAUUCGAAUCGACAAGAUUCCACCAAUAGCACUGCCACCAAUGUCAGUGAUCUACAUCAUGAUGAUUCUGAUAACAGCCAGGUUGUGUGGGCUGUUACGAAUAUCAACAGCGUUCCGAAAGGAAGCGUUAUAAUCAAUCCGCAGACAGGAAAACCGAUGACGAAUCAGGACGGAUCUAUUUAUCUUUUCGAUCCAGAAAAUCCACUUCCAGAGUUGAAAUCGGCUUCGAAACCUCCCCCAUCGCCGACAAAGAGCAUCCGCGAGAGAGCGCAAUCUCCGAAGAAACGCACGAGAUCUUCGCCGAUUAAAAAGACGAACAUUGCGACUAGUCCAAUUUUACCAUACACUCCAACAACUCCGCCAACACCGCCGCCCAGGAGCUUCAGUUACGAAGUCAACAUACCGCAGCAAGCGAUGCAACCUCAUGCUGCGCCCCAAUCCUUGCAAUACCCGGUUUUCGGGCAAACCUACAAUCCUGAUAACAACGUCCAGCCCAUGUAUCAACAGCCAUGCAUUAUGUUUGCACCAUACACCACUCAAGUACCCGUUCCUUAUGAUAGCAGGUUGGAAGGAGCAGAGGUUGCCAACUAUUACGAUCCAAACGUGCCGUCGCAACAUAUGACAUAUCAACAGCAGGUUUGGAACCAGCCUUCAUUGCCUUAUUAUCAGAACACUCCGCCUCCGAUGAACGCCCAGCCACCACGAUUCACCGUGCCCGUUCCUCAACAGGGAUCAUUUAUUUCGUACCCACCCAAUUACCUACCUCCUCCACAAGCGCAGAACGCAGAAGUCGGACAAAUAUAUUCUCAUCAUUCGGUUCCAGUAAUGUACCCACCUAGUCAAUCCAAUCCAGUGAUAUACCCCAACAUGUACACUCAGCAGCACGGUCAGAUGUAUCCGAACUCUGUGUAUCCUGCACACAAUGUUGCCGCCUACCCUACGAACGUACCGACUCCGAACAGCUGUAUCAAUUCCGCAUCAAAUACUCAAUACCCAGUUUUCGAUCAGACCGGGUUGUCUCAGAAUAUGGCGCAAAUGAAUAUAAGCGGCGGUGCUUGUAACAACAAAUUGGAGCUCGGAAAGCAGCAGGCAUCUCUCAAAGGGAAAUUUAAUGAGCACAAGUCUAGUCAGAGCAGCACAGAGAACAGUUCCCCGGCGAUGACCGUCGUUGCGAACUACAACAAUCAGGGAAUGUAUCAUCGUAGUACGCCAGAGACUCCGCCGAUGGUCCAACCUCAAUCGAACUACUCACCAAUGAUGUUUAGAAAUAUGAACAAUAUCAAAGCAAGUACUCCGGUCACUAAUAGAUCUAGUAGAUCGCCGACACCCGCUAAUGACACGCACAUAGAACGGUCACAAAGAAUUUCAAUGCAGCCAAUAGUUUAUCAGGGAUUACCAUAUUCAAUGCAAACAGAUACACGAAUAGUAACUGGCAGAGGACAGCCGACACCUUUUAGAUCACCGCCUUCUAGACAGCACAGCCUCAACCAAAACGACAAGUUUUUCAGGAACAGAAGAACCAGGGGAAAUAGAACACUACAUUUGCCUCCUAACGGCAGGCAACAACAAUUACAGCAACAACAACAACAGCCACGUUAAAUACAUACAUUGAAGAUCCCGCAUUGAGGAGAGGAAACAUUACAUU